GUGAUGUAUCAACAAACAAUUUAAAUGUCUAAAUAUGUAAAACCUCGUUAUGAUUACUGUACUACAUGAUAUUAAAUUUGUAACUUGUCCUAUCUUUGACCUUGUUUCAGACAUUGUAAAUAGAACUUGAGCUAUUGUAAACUCCCUACUUCCGGAAUUUUUAUCACAACCAAGUAUGAUGCUUCGGUAUCUACUCGUGUCUGCUCUAUGUGUAUUAAUGUCGUUGGUGUUUUCGUCGGCUGAAUACCAAUGUCUUUGCGUUUUCGACAACCAUGUACACCCAAUUUACCAAGAACCAAACGUCACUUCCCACGUGAUAGGCUUCAUACCGCCAAAUCAAUGCAAGUACUAUCUAUAUCCGGUUGAUGAAGAAUUUGGCGCCAUAAUGAUUUUUCAUCAGAAAGGGUUCAUCCACAUGAAUACACCCGGUAUGAAACAAAUUUGUGAAGGAAAAACAUCUCCGGAUGAUGUCAUUACCACAUCGAAACCUGUAACACACGGAGUGUCAAUAAAAACGAACAGUCUCGCACUGUAUUCAACGACAACAAAUACUCUAGCGUUCACAAACAGAAAAACAACACCAGUAACAUAUACGGCUUCUGCAGUAAAAUCUACAGCCACACAUGCAGCAGAGUCUACAACUACAACGCAUUCAAUUUUGCCUACAACCAUGUAUUCAAUUAAGCCUACAAAAUUGCUUCCAGCAACUCCUUCAACCAAGCCUUCAGCAAAUCUGUCAACCACGCCUACCGCAACUCCCUCAAUCACGCCUACAACAAUUCCUUCAACGAUGCCUACUACAACUCCGCCUACUACAACCCCGUCAACCACGCCUACAACAACUCCGUCGACCACGCCUACCACAACUCCUAUAGCUGCGCCUACCACAGCACCUGCGUCAUCGAUCAUCAGUGUAAUACGUACAAGUCCAAAACCUACUUAUGACUCAAGUAAAAUUCCUGAAGGUCACGUGGAAAUUUGUCCGGACUACGUCAAGGAUACAGAUGUGAACCGUUUUCAAGGUUUUCUGGGACAGUAUGGAGACUUCUGUUAUGAACUUGUUGACCUACCAACACAAUAUAUAAAUGCUGAGCGACAUUGUGCAAUAGUCUCUUCCGGUCAUCUGGUACAUGUGCUCAAUCAGGAUGAUCAAGAUUUCCUGGUGAGGUUUCUGAACAAGCAUCACUAUGUAAAUGCCGUCUGGCUCGGACUGACGGACAGUGGGGAUGCUAAUGAAGGUACUUGGAGAUGGAGCUCAGGUGCUCCCUACAAAUAUAACAACUUCCAAGGUGAAUAUAUACAAUACACUUCCAAUACUCACAAACUAAACGACUGUGUUGUGCUGAAGCAAGGCGGGGAAUGGACAGAUGUUGGAUGCGGAGUGUCAGUAAUUUUAGGAAAUGGAUUUGGUGAAUCCCAUCCAUAUAUAUGUCAGUACAAUGCACAGGAAAUACUGCAUAUAUCUAGAGAUGACAAUCCUGACUUGACACUACAAUACAGACUGAGACCAAAACCUGAAAAAGACAAUGAUAACAAUAGAAAUAAAGUUGUUGAAAAUGUAAUUAUAAAUAUUUCAAAUCUACAAGAACUUGUAAAAUCCUUGAACGGACAUAUAUGUGAUCAACCACACCUAGAAACACAAAUAACCGACAGAACUGGACUUUUCAUAACCCUGUCAGUGAAUUGUCACCACUGUCACUGCUCAUCCGGAGAGAUUAACAUGUCCGAGAAAGUAAAGAAAUCACGUGGUCCCCCGGCCGGGGCACUGAAUGAAAUGCUUCUACUGCCCGUCUUGAAGUCACGAAUGGGACUAUCAGAUGUUCUUCUUGUGCUAUCAUGUCUAAAUAUCAAAACACCGAAUCGAAAUACACUACAGAGUAAAUUAAAUGUUCUAAGUGACACUGCAACACAGAUAAACAAGAAACAAAUGACAACAAAUCAAAGAUACCUUGCAAGAAUCAUAUCUCUUGCAGGAAAAGAAAAAUCUGUUGACACCCAGUAUGAUACUUCUUUCUCUAGUAGACCUCAGGCCGGAAGUGAGAAGGCCCAGUAG